CGUAUUCGGAAGUUCCCGCCCCCUUCUGGAACUCUGCCCUUCCAGAAGAGCUUCAGUAGCGCGAGGCUGCUAGCUGUUGCCAUUUCAAGUGCCCACUUUCAAAAUGGCAGCAGGAAGGAAGUUUAAGAUUAGGACCAGCCCGAGGUUUAAUUUAAGGACCUUAGCGCAAUUUCCGGUCCGGUGGCAAGAUGGCUGCGCCCAAUGGCAGAUUCCAACCUCGUGAACGGCGCGGUGGGGAGCAGGAAGAGGGCUGGGAUGCUGUGACUCCCAAGCGGCCCCGACUCGGGGCGGGAAACAAGAUCGGAGGACGAAGGCUUAUUGUGGUGCUGGAAGGGGCCAGUCUGGAGACGGUCAAGGUAGGGAAGACCUAUGAGCUACUCAACUGUGACAAGCACAAGUCUGUGUUGUUGAAGAACGGACGGGACCCUGGGGAAGUGAGACCAGACAUAGCUCACCAGAGUUUACUGAUGCUGAUGGACAGUCCCCUGAACCGAGCUGGCUUGCUACAGGUUUACAUCCACACACAGAAGAAUGUGCUGAUUGAAGUGAACCCCCAGACUCGCAUUCCCAGAACCUUUGACCGCUUUUGUGGCCUCAUGGUUCAGCUUUUACACAAACUCAGUGUUCGAGCAGCUGAUGGGCCCCAGAAGCUCUUGAAGGUAAUUAAGAAUCCAGUAUCAGAUCACUUUCCAGUUGGAUGUAUGAAGAUUGGCACUUCUUUCUCCAUCCCGGUUGUCAGUGAUGUACGAGAGUUGGUACCCAGCAGUGACCCUGUUGUUUUUGUGGUGGGGGCCUUUGCCCAUGGCCAGGUCAAUGUGGAGUACACAGAGAAGAUGGUGUCCAUCAGCAACUACCCCCUUUCUGCAGCCCUCACCUGUGCAAAACUCACCACAGCCUUUGAAGAAGUCUGGGGGGUCAUCUGACAGUAGCGCUUUGUUCUGGGACAAAGACUGUGGCCGUCCCUCCACCCCGCUUUCAGCUCACUGCUUGGAGGGGAACUUCUUGCACCGAGACUGUGGGGGCUUGGGGAAGCGAGGCUGUACAUUUGCUAUUUGUUUACCCUAUAAAUACUGUUCUUGCAGA